AUGGACGCGACCACGGCGCCGCACCGCAUCCCCCCAGAAAUGCCCAAGUACGGGGAGGAGAACCACAUCUUCGAGCUGAUGCAGGCCAUGCUGGAGCAGCUGCUGAUCCACCGGCCCGUGGACCCCAUCCAGUUCAUGAUCCAGCACUUGCAGCGGAACAACGACCACGUGCCGAAGAUUGUGGUAUUAGGUCCACCCGCCUCGGGGAAAACAACCAUAGCAAUGUGGCUUUCCAAACAUCUGAACAGCAAUCUCCUCACUAAGGAGAACUUGAUAGGAAAAAGGUUUUCUCCUCUUGCUGUGGAAGCCAAGAACUAUUACCAGAAAUUCAAGAAGCUGCCCAACAGUAUGCUGGUGCAGCUGAUGCAGGAGCGCAUGGAGGAGGACGACUGCAUCCGGAGGGGCUGGAUCCUGGAUGGUGUCCCCGAGACGCGGGAGCAGGUGCUGAUGAUCCAGACCCAGGGGCUGGUGCCCAGGCAUGUCAUUGUGCUGAACGCGCCGGACACCGUCCUGAUCGAGAGAAACCUGGGGAAGCGGAUCGACCCCUACACGGGAGAGAUUUACCACACCACCUUCGACUGGCCCUCGGAACCCGAAAUCCAGAACCGCCUGAUUGAGCCGAAAGGCAUCUCAGAGCUGGAGACCGCCCAGAAGCUUCUGGACUACCACAGGAAUAUUGUCAGGAUCCUCCCCUCUUACCCCAAAAUCCUGAAAGCCAUCAGUGCAGACCAGCCGUGCGUGGACGUCUUCUACCAAGCACUGACCUACGUCCAAACCAACCAUCGGACCAAUGCCCCCUUCACCCCCAGGGUGCUGCUGUGCGGGCCCGUGGGCAGCGGGAAGAGCUUGCAGGCCGCCCUCCUGGCCCAGAAAUACGGCCUCGUCGAUGUGUGCUGCGGGCAGCUGCUGAAAGAAGCUGUGGCGGACAAGUCAAGCUUCGGGGAGCUCGUGCAGCCCUACUUUGAAAAGAAGAUCACAGUCCCUGACAGCAUCGUCAUGAAGGUGCUGGCCAGCCGCCUGGAGAAGCAGGACUGCCUGCAGAAAGGCUGGGUGCUGCACGACUUCCCGCGAGACGUGGACCAGGCCCUCCUGCUGCACUCCAAGGGCUACAGUCCCAACAGGGUGUUCUUCCUGAAUGUGCCUUUGGAUUCCAUCCUUGAGCGGCUGACCCUGAGGAGAAUUGACCCAGUCACCGGAGAGAGGUUCCACCUCAUGUACAAGCCCCCUCCCACCAUGGAGAUCCAGGGUCGGCUGCUGCAGAGCCCCAAGGACAUGGAGGAGCAGGUGAAGCUGGAGAUGGACCUGUUCUACCGGAGCGCGGCCGAGCUGGAGGAGUUCUACAAGGAGGCCAUCGCCCUCAACGGGGACCAGGACCCCUACACGGUGUUCGAGUACAUUGAGAGUGGGGUCAUCAACCCCCUGCCCCGGAAGGUGUCCUGACCCGCGGCCGCGCGGUG